UCGACUCGUCCAGGCCCAUGAUGUCGCCCUCCUGUUUUACCGGCCUACGUAGUAGGUGGCUCUCCGUAGUAUGUAGCAUACGCAAUACGGUGUUUCCUAUCUGCUUUUCAUUUGUACAUACUGAUGUUUGAUUGUUUUAUCAAUCCGAAGCCUGGCUGGUUCCCAUUUCGGCCCCUCUUCUUGUUUGCUUUACAUGAAAACUCGUAGAGUGAGAGUCGGAGCAGAGACCUGUUAGGUUUUAUAGCCAAUCGCAUCUCAAAUCACACGCAACGAGGCCCAGAGCCGACGCCAUGAAGCCUGGUGCCAUGCCAUACUCCGACGUUCGCCGCGAGGCUCAAAUCCACGAUGAUCCCUCUAUGACCGACGUCAGCGUAUCGCUCCUCAGCGACGACGGCGAAGGCAAGCAGUGGAACAGGGCAGAUCUCGAAGAUGGGACACGGACGACGCAGCCGAGCCGAUGCGCGAGGGCCCUUGGCUUCUUUCCUCGCUGGCGCGGACUCAUCGAUACGCUUAUGCUGGUCAUCAUUCUUGGUCUGCUUCUCGAGCGGAGGGCGGGCCUGCAGUCAACAGCACCCCGUGAUAAACGUCUCGAACCCGUGGGCGACCUCACAGGAUUCGCGCCAGAGUUCAAUCAGCAAAUAACCACGUUCCACCCGACGACGGACUUCGUCCCCGACGACCCGAAGAAGUUCUUCACCGACGCCUCGAUCAAGGAGAAAUGGCUUUCCAUCGUGCCCAGGGGCCUGGGCUACGUCGUCAUGAACGACACCAAGGCCCAUGACAACCUGCCCGUCCCGCUGCCCGAGUUCACGCCGCGCACGGUCUUCACGACGUCCAUGACGCACCAGCUGCACUGUCUCUACGCGAUCCUCGAGAGCUACGCGGGGCUCGCCGUCAACGGCAGCGGCGCCGUCGACAUGCACUCGCACAUCCCCGAGGGUGCCCAGGGCGCCGAGGAGCCGUGGCAUUUGCAGCACUGCUUCGAGUACCUCCGACAGGCCAUCAUGUGCGCAGGCGACGUUGCGCUGGAGGGCACACAGACGACGUUCCCUCCGGGUUGGACGGGUAGCGACGGUUGGGACGCGAAGCACGUUUGCAAAGACUACAAGCAGGUCUACGAUUAUCUCGACAAGAACCGGGCGCUGGACGAUCACUGGAUCUAAGCAAAGUCGGAGAGCUUUGUAAUUUUGCGUACGGCGUUCAGGAGGGGUAUAU